AUGGUUUUGCUACCGCCGUGCGUGCCGGACUCGUGCGGGAAGGAGUUUCGCCAGUCGCUGAGGCAGCCGAGCCCGAACUAUCCCCAUGGCCAGAAGAAGAGGAAGCCGCGGGUCGUGCCAGCCUUCACGAUACAGGCGAUGCAGAGGAACACCAGGGUGGCGCCGCCGCCGAAGUGCGGCGUUUACGACCCGCUGCCGGCGAGGCCGACGAUGUUCAGGAAGUGCUACCAGAGGGGCGAAUUCCCUGUCUGCAUAGAGUUCACUUCCUGUGGGAAGAAGCUCUCCUGGAAGGUGCCUGUAGAGAAGUUGGACUUUCACCAUUACCUGCCAAUGUUCUUUGACGGGCUCGCCGAGGGCACCUACCCCUUUGACUUCAUCGUGGAGCAAGGGAUUAACGACUUGAUCACCAAAGGCGCCUAUAAAGUGCUGCCUGUUGUCCCUCAGCUGAUUAUUCCGAUCAAAAACGCGUUCGCGACAAAGCGGCCCGCCGUCCUGUGCCACGCUCUCAGAUGCAUCCAGAUGCUGGUGACCGGCUGCGACCGGGUUGGCGAGGCGCUCGUCCCCUACUACAGGCAGAUAUUGCCCACGCUCAAUUUAUUCAAGGACAGGAACCGUAACAUCGGCGCUGGGAUAGACCAUACGACAUCGCGCGGCGAGAAUGUUGGGGACAUGAUCGAGGAUACACUGCAGAUCCUCGAACGCUACGGCGGUCCGGACGCGUUCAUUAACAUCAAAUACAUGGUGCCCACGUACGAAUCCUGCGUGCUUAAU